AGCAGUGUUGCCAACUUGCCGCUGAAAAAACAAGAAAUUUACAAGUCAUCGACAGAGUGUUUGCCAAAAAACGAUCGUCAGUAAUUGCAUUUAAACAAAGAGUUAUAUAGUUUAGCGAGAGCAGCAGGCAAGCAGGUUACUAGACAUGGCUCAGACUCUGGAGGACAAAUCGAUCUGGGAGGACGGCGAGGAGUCGCUGGGCGAGGAGGUGAUGCGUAUGUCCACCGAUGAGAUUGUGAGCAGGACUCGCCUGAUGGACAACGAGAUCAAGAUCAUGAAGAGCGAGGUGAUGCGCAUCACGCACGAGAUCCAGGCGCAGAACGAGAAGAUCAAGGACAACACGGAGAAGAUCAAGGUUAACAAGACGCUGCCCUAUCUGGUGUCCAAUGUCAUAGAGCUGCUGGAUGUCGAUCCGCAGGAGGAGGAGGACGAUGGCUCCGUCACCGUGCUGGACAAUCAGCGCAAGGGCAAGUGUGCCGUCAUCAAAACAUCCACGCGACAGGCCUACUUCCUGCCCGUCAUCGGUCUGGUGGAUGCGGAGAAACUGAAGCCUGGCGAUCUGGUCGGCGUCAACAAGGACUCGUAUUUGAUCCUGGAGACCCUGCCCGCGGAGUACGAUGCGCGGGUCAAGGCCAUGGAGGUAGACGAACGACCCACAGAGCAGUACUCCGACAUCGGUGGCCUGGACAAGCAGAUCCAGGAGCUAAUCGAGGCGGUGGUGCUGCCCAUGACGCACAAGGAGAAGUUCAAGAACCUCGGCAUUCAUCCACCCAAAGGUGUUCUCCUGUAUGGCCCACCUGGCACUGGCAAGACUCUGCUGGCCCGUGCCUGCGCCGCCCAGACCAAGUCCACCUUCCUCAAGCUAGCCGGUCCCCAGCUGGUGCAGAUGUUCAUUGGAGAUGGCGCCAAGCUGGUGCGCGAUGCCUUUGCCUUGGCCAAGGAGAAGGCGCCCGCCAUUAUCUUCAUCGACGAGCUGGACGCCAUUGGCACCAAGCGUUUCGAUUCCGAGAAGGCCGGCGACCGCGAGGUUCAGCGCACCAUGUUGGAGCUCCUCAACCAGCUGGAUGGCUUCAGUUCGACGGCAGACAUCAAGGUGAUUGCGGCCACCAAUCGUGUGGACAUUCUGGAUCCUGCUCUGCUGCGUUCGGGUCGUCUGGACCGUAAGAUCGAGUUCCCGCAUCCCAACGAGGAGGCGCGUGCCCGCAUUAUGCAGAUUCACUCGCGUAAAAUGAACGUGAGCAACGAUGUGAACUUUGAGGAGCUCUCCCGAUCGACAGAUGACUUUAAUGGCGCCCAGUGCAAGGCCGUUUGUGUGGAAGCCGGCAUGAUCGCCCUGCGCCGCUCCGCCAACUCGGUCACGCACGAGGACUUCAUGGACGCCAUCAUGGAAGUGCAGGCGAAGAAGAAGGCUAAUCUUAACUACUACGCUUAGGCUAGAAAUUUGCAGUUUAACUCCACAUUGUCCGCUCCCAUUUAAAAAUAAACCAUGGAAAUUUAACAUUCUUCAGUUUA